UCUAAAAGGAACUUGUCUCAGUUGCGCAGCGACCACUAGUGGCUCAUUCUUCCCUUCAGUAAUGAGCGCUCACACGGCAACAGGACCAGUCAAUCGUCUGGCGAACUUCUUACGACCGAGAAAGCAGGCAACCGCAACCGAGAAUAAAAAUGUCGCCCAGCUCACAAGAGCGGAGAAAUCGAUCCAGGUACUGAGUGUCGAGAAUGAGGUUUUGAAAAACGCAAACGAGGCUUUGAAGAAGAAAUGUGGCGAUUUACAAGAUCGUCUGCAACAAGUCGAAAAGAGGCGUGAAGUCGAGGACAAAGAUGGAGAUCUAGGCGUUGACUCGGAUGAACAGGAGGUGGACGUAGCAGGCACAGGCGCCCAGGGUGUUGAUAAGCGCUGCACAGUCAGCAAAGAAGCGCAGGCGAAAUCGGAGCCGUCCUCUCCCUUAUCUUUGAACCAUCAACCCGGGAUGUCCACACAUGACCACCAAUUGCUUCCUCCGGAGCUGUGGUUGAAUAUCAUUCGCUGGGCGACCUAUGCACCGCCGCGUCUUGACGUGCCAAACUUCGAGCCAUUCCUUGGAUCUCUUGAUCAUGACAAUAAGGGAGAGGCGGAUGCUAAGGCUCUCAAGUGCGCAGUGGUUCAAGUGUGUAAGCUUUGGCGAGACCUCGCCCUCAGCAUUCUAUAUGAGGAUGUCAAGGUCGGACGUGGGGUACAGUCCCUCGUGGAGGCAUUGGGGAAGACAUACAGGGGUGAACAGCUCGGAAGAUGUGUCCGCCGCCUUGAACUUCCUUACCCUCACACUGGUACUAUAACCAACACUAGCUCGGAUCUCGCACUGCAAAUUCUGCAACAUUGUCCGGAAAUAGAAACCUUGGUGAGGCCCUUCAUGCAGGGACCUCCAGACGCAGUACGCUAUGAAUUCCCAAUUCGCAGCCACUCCUUCUUGAAUCUCAAGAGGCUCGAGUGGUGGCACUACAACGAUGCCACUCGUUCUGGGGGAAUAAACUCGCUUAUAAACGUUCUGCGCCAUUCCCCCAAUCUCCAGUAUCUCAUUGUAGGAGGGGAGAUGUGGACUUCCGCCCAAACUGGUAAUGUGCUGGAGCUCCCCGCAUUGAAGACACUUCGUUUGCGACGCAUCAAUCCUAUCUUCGUCCACCAGAUCUGCCAGUGGCGGUUACCUUCACUUGUCCAUAUCGUUGUGGAUUUCCCACUAGAACAAAACGCACUCGACACCAUAUGGCAGGUGUUUGGCGCUCGCCUCUGCACGGUUGAAUUCGCAAGGCAUGUCGGUUUCUUGCUUAGUGAUCAGAUCACCCGCUUCCUCCGUGGCUGUCCUCAAGUCAAGACAUUCAAUUACUUUUUUAACUUCACAUCACCACCACCUAUUUUCGAACAACAAUGCGCGCUUCAAUGCAUAUCUUUGCACGCAUUCCCAUGUGGCAUGGUUACAGACAUGAUCACUGAAGCUCAAGAGCGCAUCAGGCUACACCUUGCCUUCCUCUCCAGAUCAUCCUUUCCAGCGCUGCGCCACAUAAUUCUUUAUGGCGAUUGGGGAGAAUUGCUUCAUGAUCCUCGCUUCGUGGCAUUUGAGCAAACCAUGCUUUCCAAAGGCUGCUCGAUUGAACAUGCCACUGGGGGCACGCAUUCUUGCAAUCAAUCAUUAAGCGCCUGAUUCUACAGAGGACUGCAUCUCUAGAUGCCUGUGUAUUCCUGGCUGAGGUUGCCCUUUUCAAAUUCUUCAAAAUUCGUUCACUUUCUUUCUCACCUAUCUUCGAACUACGUAACACGCUGGUGACGUUUUUCCUUGGUCAAAAUCUGUUUUUGUCUCC